AUGAAGGUGUGCGUGGUAGGUGCUGGUGCCAGCGGGCUUCCGGCAAUCAAGUCAGCUGUUGAGAAGGGGUUCAAGGUGACCUGCUUCGAAAAAUCAAAUGACAUUGGCGGCAUUUGGCGCUACAAGGAAGACCCAUGCCCAGGAGAAGGGACAGUGAUGAAAACGACCGUAAUCAAUACCUCGAAGGAGAUGACCGCCUACAGCGACUUCCCCCCGCCGGCCCAUUGUGCUAAUUUCAUGCACAACUCCGAGUUGUUGAAAUAUUUCCGAGCAUACGCUGACCACUUUGACCUUCAACGCUAUAUCAAGUUCCAACAUGCCGUGAAUAGCGUGAAACGAUGCGAUGAUUAUGAGGAUUCUGGGCGUUGGAGUGUGACUUGGACCAAUCAAAUCAGCGGUAAAACCGAAACCGGAAUCUUUGAUGGAGUAAUGGUGUGCACUGGUCACCACACAGAAGAAUACUGGCCAAAGCCCUUCCCAGGGCAAACCCAAUUCAAAGGAAAAAUCCUCCACAGUCACGAAUAUCGUGACUCAAAAGGCUUUGAAGACAAACGGGUGGUCAUUGUGGGUAUCGGCAACAGCGGCGGUGAUUUGUGCGUGGAAUUGAGCAAGAUUUCGAAAAGAGUCUUCCUGGCUACUCGAACAGGCACUUGGGUGAUGAACAGAAUUUGGGACUUUGGGGAGCCGUACGAUUUGGCAUACUUGAACCGAUGCAUGCAAGGGUUCCGGAAAAUAUUGCCGCUCAGUUGGAAUAAUUGGGUUCUGGCUAAUAAGUUAAAUACACGGUGCGAUCACGGAAGAUAUGGCCUUCAGCCAAAACACAGGCCACUGGAAGCACAUAUGACUGUUAAUGAUGAAUUGCCGAAUAGAAUUGCUUGUGGGAUGGUUACGGUGAAACCAAAUAUUGCUGCAUUUGGUGAGGAUGAGGUGAUUUUUGAGGAUGGAACUAUCGAAAAAGUGGAUAUUGUGGUUUUCGCAACUGGCUAUUCUUUCGGCUUCCCCAUCCUGGAGGGUGGAGAAUUGAUCCCAGUACAUGAAAACAGAGUCAACCUAUACAAAUACAUGUUCCCACCAGAUCUGGCAACACAUAACACCCUGGCAGUCAUCGGGUUAAUCCAGCCUGCCGGCUCCAUCAUGCCCAUCUCCGAGAUGCAAACGCGCGUAUUCACCGGAGCGUUAGCUGGCGAAGUGCACCUUCCCAACCGAAAGGCAAUGCUGAAGGAUGUGCAAAGGAAACAAGUGAAAAUGCAAGCACGAUUUGUUUGUAGCCGACGCCACACAAUUCAAGUUGAUUACGUGAACUAUAUGGAGGAGUUGGCGCGGAUAAUCAAUGCUAGGCCGAAUAUUGCUUUGCGCUGGUUGAGCGAUCCGAAACUGGCGAAAGUGCUGUUCUUCCAUGGAUUGGCACCAUAUCAGUACCGCUUAGAUGGCCCAAACGCGUGGCCAGGGGCCCGAGAUGCCCUGCUCGGCAUGGAUGAGCGCGUCUUUGAGGCGACGCGAACCAGGAGGACCAAGGAGACUCUUCAAUCAAAAUCAUUCACCAAGAUCAAAUACCCGUAUCGAGCCGUUGUCGCU